AUGAGUACAAUUAUUGAAUUAUCAACAAUAAUAGAAGGAGCAGAAUCUACAAGUGUGGAUCAGAUCUCACUGUUCAGAGGGUGGGUAUUGGAAGGAAGAUGGGAGUGCGUUCUUACUGCAUAUAGAAACGACAGUGACUACCACAUAAUCAGAAUCAAUGAGGAAAGAGGCACUGCACUACAUGUGGCAGUGAAUGAUGGGAUAGUGCAUCUUGUUAAGGCACUUGUUGGAGCAAUCUUGACCCAUGAAGAGGGGAAAGUGGUGGGGAGUGAUAGUGCACUGAGAUCAACCAAUGAGAGAGGGGACACUCCUUUACACCUUGCUGCCUCAAGAGGGUUCAUUGGCAUGUGCAAGUGCAUCAUUGGGGAAAAUGGGGAAAGGAAGGAAUUGAUUACGGUUAGGAACAAAAAGGGUGAAACACCUCUUUUUAGGGCUGUGCUUACAUGCCAAACAGAGACCUUUGUGUACCUUCACAAUGCUUCCAAAGAGUUAGAUGUUCCUCUUAGGAACUAUGAUGGGGAUACCAUCCUUCACUAUGCCAUUUGGAGAGAAUUCUUAGAUUUGGCAAUUAUAAUAACUCAUUGUUAUCCUGGACUUGUGGACACAAGAAACAAAGAUGGAGUCACACCUCUCAAAGUUCUUGCCAACAAACCUUCAGCCUUCAAGAGUGGAAGCAAUCUCUCAUGGUGGAAGCAAAUUCUAUACUACUGUAUACUUGUAGAACCUCUAGAUUCUGAGAAAGCUAUAAAUUCGUACAUGGAGAAAGUUGACAAAUAUGACGACCAUGAACCCAAAGGGAAUAUACCGGUAGAAAAAGAAUCCAAAAAAGCACAAAUUUACGUGGAACGAAAGUAUGCCACUUCUGUUCGCUUUGUAAAGAGUGCUGUUCGAAUAGCAUUCAAAUUCCUUAGCAUCUCUGGAUUGGGAGUCACUACACAAGACUUGAAAGCAAUAAAGAAGAUAAGGCAGAAGCACAAAUGGGGUCCCCAGCUCUUGAAUAUUUUUAUGAAAACGCCUUAUGAGUCGUACAUGGGAAUCACUGGUGGUCAACCAUUUAUGAAAGUUGACAGAGACGGUGACUUGGGGCAACCCUUUAUUACCCAGCAACAGUUACAAACGGUGGAUGCAGCUAGCUCAGGGCAGAAUCAACAACAAAAUAAUAGAACAGAAUCUGCAGCAAAAAAUGAGAAGGAAACAACAUUUGUGACAGUGGCAAAAGCUGGCAUAGUCGACCUUGUGAAGGAGCUUCAAAACAAAGUACCAAGUGCCCUCCAUGACACUACCACCCCUGAGAAGGAUAACCUGCUGGUUGUGGCAAUGAAGAACAUCAGGUACAAAUUUGGAGAACACCAUGUUGACAAGAAGGAGACUGCAUUCUUGGCAGCUGCGAAAAACGGCAUUGUGGAGAUUGUGUAUGCCCUUCAAUCCAAAAUACCGAGUGCUGUGCAUGAAACCAACUCCAACAAUGAAAACGUGUUGCUUGUGGCAGUGAAGCACAGGCAAACCAAAGUUGUUGAGGUGUUGAAGAAGAAUUUGGAGACGAAUCUGUUUGGUAGCUUAAUUUUGGAAGUGGAUAACAGGGAGAACACCGUCUUGCAUUUGGCAGCAGGUACAAGUAGCAGCAGUGAAAGGACAUGGCAGAUUGCUGGUGCUGCCAUGCAAAUGAUGUGGGAUAUCAAGUGGUAUCAGUACGUGAGAGACCUAGUGCCAGAACAUUUAACUUUCAGAACCAACAAGGACGACAAAACCGCUGGAGAAAUCUUCAAGCAGAAUCACAAAGAUCUGGUGAAGGAGAGCUCCGAGUGGCUGAAGGAAACCUCCAAUUCCUGCUCGGUGGUGGCCGCUCUCAUCGCCGGGGUCUCGUUCGCCACCUCCAGCUCUGUCCCGGGCGGCACUGACAACGGAAAGCCGGAGCUGGAAGGGCAGCCGGCUUUCGACGCCUUCGCCAUCGCCUCCCUGAUCGGCCUCUGCUUUUCCGUCACCGCCCUGAUAAUGUUCCUGGCCAUCUUGACCUCCCGGAAACAGGCCCAGGACUUCCGGAAAAGCUUGCCCUUGAAGCUCCUCUACGGCCUCAGCUCUCUCUUCGUCUCCAUUGCUUCCAUGCUCAUUUCGUUUUGCUUUGCUCAUUUCUUCGUGCUCAAGGACAAGUACAAGGACAUCUUAUUCCCUGUUUACAUUGCCACUUGUUUGCCUGUCACUUUCUAUGCAAUUGUGCAGUUUCCUCUCUACGCUGAUCUGCUUAAAGCAAUCUUCAAGAAGCUGCCACAACCAAGCAUUACCAGUAGCCAAUUCUAG